UCCCUCCCCCUCCCCUCCCCUCCCCUGCUGGGCUGGCGGCGGCGGCGGCGAUUUUCAUGCUUUUUGCGGCAGCCGCAAGUGAGGACGAUCUACAGUUCACAUUGGGAACCAACGAAGGGCAGCCGGGCCAUUCUGCUUAAACCAAUGCUAGAUUUAGAAGUGCUUCCCGAAAGAUCUCUUGGGAAUGAACAAUGGGAAUUCACCCUUGGAAUGCCGUUGGCUCAGGCUGUAGCAAUUGUUCAGAAACACUGCCGUAUCAUAAAAAAUAUCCAAGUUCUCUACAGUGAACAAUCUCCUCUCAGCCAUGACCUCAUCCUUAACCUGACUCAGGACGGAAUCAAACUGCUAUUUGAUGCUUUCAAUCAAAGACUGAAGGUGAUUGAAGUUUAUGACUUGACUAAAGUGAAAUUAAAGUACUGUGGUGUUCAUUUUAACUCUCACGCUAUUCCUCCUACCAUUGAACAAAUUGAUCAGUCUUUUGGAGCCACCCAUCCAGGAGUUUACAACUCUGCCGAGCAACUUUUCCAUCUCAACUUCAGGGGCCUGUCCUUUUCCUUUCAGUUGGACUCAUGGACUGAAACUCCAAAGUAUGAGCCAAACUUUGCCCACGGCUUAGCCUCUCUGCAAAUCCCACACGGUGCAACUGUGAAACGCAUGUACAUCUACAGUGGAAACAGUUUACAGGAUACGAAGGCACCUAUGAUGCCACUCAGCUGUUUCCUCGGAAAUGUGUAUGCAGAAUACGUUGAUGUUCUCCGAGAUGCAGCUGGACCCUCAGGUUUACGACUGCGAUUGCUCACUGCAGGUUGCAGUCCUGGUGUGUUAGCCGAUGCCAAAAUACGGGUAUCUGAGCGUUGUGUGUAUUUCGGUGAUUCGUGCCAAGAUGUUCUGAGCACUUUGGGGUCCCCUCACAAGGUUUUCUACAAAUCCGAAGAUAAGAUGAAAAUCCAUUCACCUUCGCCUCACAAGCAAGUCCCUUCAAAGUGCAACGAUUUUUUCUUCAACUACUUCACGCUUGGAGUGGAUAUCCUUUUUGAUGCAAAUACUCAUAGAGUAAAAAAAUUUGUUUUGCAUACCAAUUAUCCUGGUCAUUAUAACUUUAACAUUUAUCACCGUUGUGAAUUCAAGAUCCCACUCGUUAUUAAACGAGAAAGCACCGAGUCACAGACGGAAACCUGCACAACAUAUAGCAAGUGGGAUAAUAUUCAAGAGCUUCUUGGACAUCCUGUGGAAAAACCUGUAGUUCUUCAUAGGUCAUCCUCUCCGAACAACACAAAUCCAUUUGGGUCAACCUUUUGUUUCGGAUUACAACGGAUGAUCUUUGAGGUGAUGCAGAAUAACCACAUCGCGUCCGUCACGCUCUACGGCCCAGCCCGACCCACCAUCCAGACCAAGAUCUUGGACCUUCCCCAGUGAGCAAUACCCGAUUGAACAUAACGCUACACAAUUUAGCUCAGCGUGCCUUGAGUUGCUGCCGCUUUAUCAUACAGAAAAGCAGGAAAUGGUGGAGAGCAUGUGUGAGUGUGUGUGUUUAUGGUUGUGACGUGUAGAGAGAGAGAGAGUGUGUGUGUGUACAAGAAAGCUUGGCCCUCGCCGUCUGUGGAUGGCACAGGCUGGAAAUCCUCUGGAGCUGAACCUUGCAGGACUUGGAGCCAGUGGCAGAGGCACACACACACAUACACACACACACACACACACAAACUAGCCGGCAGUACCAUUAAUCCUCUCUUCUCGCUUGGCCCUUGGAAGAUAUGAUAUAAAUGCAAAAAGUUUGGCUUUGUAGAGCUGGACACAGGAUGAGCUUUCAAAAAGAGCUCAGCCAGGAACUGCACAUCUUAGAAGCACAAGUUUCUCAUUCUUGAGAAAGCAGGUCUCUUUAUAUAUACAUAUAUAGAUAUAUAUAGACAUAUAUACAUAUACGUAUACAUAUAUACAUAUAUAUAUAUAUAUGUACAUAUGUAUGUAUGUAUGUGUGUAUACGUAUUUUUCCUCUUUCUUUCCCAUCUGUGUUUGCGUUCCAUGUAUUGAGAGUCACGUUUCUGUGUUUUAUUUUGCUUCUGGAAGUAAAAAAAAAAAGGAAUAAGACAAGGAUAUAGAUGGAUACAGACUCACACAGAGCUCAUGUAUAGGUGUAUAUAUAAAAUUAAGUACAUGGGUUUUUCGGUACCUUGGGAUAUCCCACCAGGCUCAACAUGUCCAUAAUUUCAGACAUCUGAUUUUGAAGACAAGGCGCAAAGCAACCUAAAGACUCAGUGGUCAUAUAUAUGUGUGUAUAUAUAUAUAUAUAUUUGCACUACAUACACUUUAAUUACUUGAUAAGACCUUUUGAAUUUUACGGAGUGCUAGGCGUGAGUGGGCUUUUGUUUUUGCCACCCCAAAAACAGUGUUGGGGGGAAAUACCCGAUGCAAUUUUUCUGCACUAACGUUUACUUGAUGCAAACGAAACAAUUUUGUCUCCUGCCAUGUUCGGUGAACUAAACGCCAGUUUCUUCCGGGGGUUAGAGAAGAAGGAACAAAAACUCGAGUUAGAUGAUUCCUACGAAUUAUGAUGCUUUUUAGGAAGAGUUUGGAUAUGUCAUAUUUUUUUCCCUUUGUAUGCAGAACAGAUAACUUAAUAUGCAUUCUCGGGAAGAGUGAGGUGGCUAUCUUAACUGUCUGGAGGGGGACAUGGAUCUGAUUUAGACCCUCUUGAGUUCCUCUUCCUUGUCCUGUAAACGAGGUUAGCGGGAAGUAGGGGGGGGAUUGGGAUGGUUUGAACCAGCUUCCUUUUUUUCCUCACAUAUAUCCUGCUGAGAUGAAAUGGAAAACAUGUCGCCUUAAGGAAUUUCCCCCCCAGAACUUUUCGAAGAGCAUCAACCCUGGAGGAGAAAAUUCUGGGUUGUCUUAUUUGGAGCACAGCAGGACGAGGACUGCCUCUCUCUCUCUCUCUCUCUCUCUCUUUUUAAUUUAAUGCCAAAAUUUUAGCCAAAGAGAUCCUUAAUCUAGUUUCAACAUUUCUACGUGUAUAGCUAGAAAUAGAUAGGAACAGAGAUAAGUGUUGGGCAGGUCCACCUCCUCUAUCUGUAGCAGGGGAAAACAAACCUAAUAAUAAUUCAGUGACUUCUAGUUAAAGAAAAGUUAUUUAAAAGCUUAUUUCAAGAAGAUUUUAAGGGACGCUUGUGAUUCUUUUGCUGCUUUUUAUCUAAAAGAAAAAAGUAAAUAAUAAAUGGUCUCGCUUUUCUUUUCAAUCGUAACCCUUUUUACAACAGCGGAGAGAAUUUAAAAAAAAAAAAAGGACUGCCUAGAGAGAAGUUUAUAAUUUUAUCCCAUUUUUUAAUAUUUUGGUGUAGCAACUUGUGAUAUAAAUUAUAGAUGAUUUUUGUGAGUUUUAAAACUGUGUGUAAAUACAGAUUUUUGUAAAUACCAAAAACAAAAAAACAUUUUGUAAUUUUAAUUCUGUGUACAGCUAAAGCACGUGUAUAAAUUUAUCCACAAAUGAGGAAUAGGGAAUUUCAGAGUGUUAAAAAGUUACAAAUCCUGGACCGGUAGCAGGAUAAAUGUUGUGUGAACUUGC